AUGACGACCAUCGCUCUCGAUCAGUUCGACGCCGUCCUCGGCUCCACCUCGACAGAAAUUUCGUCAGUCGCUCUGGGCGGACGCAUCCUCAGCACUUCGGACGAAUGGUUUGCACCUGCUUCUUCUUUGCUCAAAGUCGGCCCUGCUCCAUCGCUUAGAGGACAAUUCGGCCCAAAGGGCGCUCUCUUUGAUGGCUGGGAGACUCGUCGUCACAACCCCACGUACGACUGGGUUAUCCUUCGCCUUGGCCCCAACGCCGGUGGUCAUCUUGUCGGCUUCGACGUUGACACGGCCAACUUCAAUGGCAACGAAGCACCCGAGAUCUCCAUCCACGCUCUCGCUCUGACACCCGAAGAGGAGGCUCAAAUCGGUAACACGCUUGCCGAGGACGACAAGAGGUGGGAAUGUGUCGUCCCCAUUUCACCGUGUGGGCCGUCGCAGAGACACCUCUUCAAAGUGGCUGAGGGUAAGGGAGACAAGAUUUACACGCAUAUCAAGCUGCAUAUGAUCCCAGACGGUGGCAUUGCUAGGUUCAGGGUUUAUGGUGUGAUCCCACCGCCUCCUGUCGGACAGGCUGACGGCGAGCAGGUCAACACCGAAAACAGCGCAUUCAACCUGCUCGAUCUCGCUCACUGCCUCAACGGAGGACGAGUUGUGUUCACCGAUGACAACCACUUUGGCGCCGGAAGCAACAUCAUCUUGCCCGGAAGAGGUAAGGACAUGGGUGAUGGUUGGGAGACUCGUCGAUCCAGGGCAAAGGGACACUUCAACUGGUCCAUCGUCAAGCUUGGCGAACCAGGCUUCCUAUCAUAUGCUGAAGUGGACACAGCCCACUUCCUUGGCAAUUUCCCUGAAUCCACCGAGAUCCUCGGUACCGUCCACGACUCUGCCACUGUUCCAUCGGCGGAUGCGCAAUGGGUCACUCUGCUUCCGCGCACAAAGCUCGGUCCUGGGCGACGACACUUUUUCCCGCUCGUCGAUGGAAACUCUGCUCCCUUUACGCACGUCAUGAUAAAGAUGCACCCAGACGGCGGUAUCAAGCGUUUCCGAGUGCACGGGCGACGAGCCAGCGCCAUUCUUGCUGCCAAGAUCCCACCUUCUUCUCUCCCAGCUGUCGCUGUGCCAGAGGACAUUCAGGAUCCCCUGCCAUCGGCUACCUCGGACCCAUUCGCACCUGUAAGUGCUGCCAUCUCCCUCGCUCCCACCUCUCCCACUUCCGCCGCAACCACCCAAAUGGGCAUCGUCGUACGCGACAAGUUCGUCGCCGCGGUAGCUCUUACCACCGAUGCCUUCAGUAGGUAUGGAGCGGUCAUCGACGGGCCCUCGGUGCACAACGCGGACGACGCCAAGGCUUUCAAGAUCGUCAACCAGGGAACGGCCAAAAAGUACCUCAACUUGGCCGAAAUUAUCAACAACUAUCCGACUCAAGCGGCGGCAAAGACCAACAUCCACGUCUACCGCUGUGACGCGGCUGCCAGCUUGCCAUUCCAAGUCAAGCUGCUCGAACGACACCGUUUUACCACGCAGGCGUUCAUCCCUAUGGUGCCCAUCGGGGGCAAACAGCAAGGUUUCCUCGUGGUCGUUGCUCAGAACGGUCAAGAUGACCGCCCAGAUUUGAACACCCUCGCCGUGUUCUUGGCUACUACCGAACAGGCGAUUCAGUACCACGCCGGUAUCUGGCAUCACCCCAUGAUUGCUCUAGGCGACCAGCCUACGGACUUCGCUUGCAUCGUCAACGAAUCUGCUACGCAGCCUCAGCUCGACUGUGAUGAGGUCGAGGUAUGA